AUGGACAGCUUUCUUGAGUUUUCGGAGGCUGCUAAUUCCUUUAACCGGGCUGAUAUUAGGACUAGGAACCAAGAUGUUGUUUGGUCUCCUCCUCCUCCUCUUAACACUACUAAGAUCAAUCGUGAUGCCUCCUUUAUGGGUGUUUCCAAUGUGGCUAUUGCGAGGAGUAGCAACGGUGAUGUUAUCAACGGAAUCAAAGCACAAACGAGGUCGUUAAAUGUGUUUGUGACUGAAACCUUGGCAAUAAGGUUAGGUUUCUUGUUGAUAUAUCGCAACAGAUGGCAAAAUGUCAUUAUCGAAUCUGACAGCUUCAAAACCAUUAAAAUGAUCCACGAAAAGAUGAGAAUAUUGUGGGAGGUCUCGGCUAUCAUUGGGGACAUUGUUUCCCAUACGUCUAACAUUGGUUCUAUUUGUUUCCAACAUGUUCUUUGCACCGGGAACAAAGUUGCUGAUUGGAUAGUAAAGAUAAGUAUCGGUGGCUGUUGUCUCCCUUCAUGA